AGUACUAUAAAACCGCUUCCGUCUCUCUAAACUCCACCAAACUUCACUUGAACAACUCAAACAAAAUCUCUGUGUCUCUCUCUAAUUUUCUUUUAUUGUGAUAAAUAAUCAUGAGUAGUAGUAAAGAUAAAAUCCCUAAAAGAUGCAGCAAAUUCGAUGAAGACGGAAAUGAGCUGAGAAGAGGGCCAUGGACACUAGAGGAAGACCAUCUCCUGAUUGGACACAUCAGCUCGCAUGGGGAAGGCCAAUGGAACUCCUUAGCCAAAUCUGCAGGGCUGAAACGAACAGGGAAAAGCUGCCGAUUAAGAUGGCUGAACUAUCUGAAACCGGACAUCAAAAGAGGAAACCUUAGCCCCCAGGAACAGCUGUUGAUCCUGGAACUCCAUUCGAGAUGGGGAAACAGGUGGUCGAAGAUAGCAGAGCAGCUGCCGGGAAGGACCGAUAACGAAAUAAAGAAUUAUUGGAGGACGAGAGUGCAAAAGCAAGCCCGGCAGCUCAAGCUCGAUUCCAACAGCACCAAGUUUCUAGAAGCCGUCCGACUCUACUGGAUGCCCAGACUGCUCGAGAAAAUGGAGCAACACAAAUCACCUUCCUCCCAAACUCCCAAUCUCGCCCCUUCGCACAACCCUUUUCUACCCGACAUGGAAAUAAUUUCUACUUCUGAUCAGCUCUCCUUUGAUGGGUACGGCAUGCAAGAAUCGGAGUGCCACGCGGCGGAUGUUGAUUGGUUCGGGGAGGAGAUUGGGAUGACCUCUUUUUGGAACAGCGAUGAGUUGUGGCAGUUUCGGAAGGUUGAUCAGUGUGUAGAUUAGAUUGAUAAUGAGAUGAUCAUGCUGUUAGUGUACAAAAUGGCUCUUGUUUUUGUGGUAGGGCCAAAAACAUCUACUCAUUACCUAUAUAUAUAUAUGUAUCAGUGUUUUGUUAAGUUUAUAUAUGUAUGUACAGUGGUUCUACUUAAUUAUAUAAGCUUUUGAUGAUUUGAUCUUACAAAGGAUUCAUCGUAAAGGUGAUGAGUAAGGUAGUGCAAUGUAUCCUCCAUUCUUGAAUAUAUAUAUAUAUAUAUAUAUAUUCUUAUUAAUUAA